AUGGCGUUCUUCCAGUUGCUUCUGCAAGCCAGAAAGUUGGAAAAAACCAGACAGAGAUACGAGGACGAGAAGCUGACGUCGAUCGAGAUCUCAAAAGGUGACAGGCCUCGAUACACUCUCAAGCAGAGAUUUCGUCGGAGAAAGCUACGGUGUGUCGUGUUUCUACUGUUGCCGCAAUUCUUCUCUAAACGCGGAAGGCAGGCGUUGAUGGCGUACGCCUUCAUUUUAGCGAUAACAGGACCGGUGAAGAACACUCUGCACAACACUGCCGUGCUCUCAGAGUCGCUGACCUGCGCACAAGAACAAUUGAAAGAAGCUGUGAAGAGCGUGAUAGAUUUAGCGAAGCAGCCGUUCUACGCUCUACGUGACGCGAUAUCGAAAGUGGUGAAAUCGGUGAAGCAGGUGGUGAAGAAAAUUAAACAGACUCUGAUCGCGAUUAAGAGGCUCGUUCUUAGUAUACUCAAAGUAAUCACCGCUGUGUUCCAAUGGCUCGGAAGCGUCAUAAACAUGUGCAACAAGAAAUUAGGCACACCGUUCGACAGGUGUCAAAGCGUCUUCGAAGGAGCAGUGGCAGAUUGCAAGGCGAAAUUAGGACCAAUUCUUGGAAUUGUCUGCAACGUAACUUACGUAGUUAGCACUCUCUGUUACGUGGUGAAACCACUGGAUUUCAUUUGCAUGCUGGUCUCUUACGUGGCUGAUACUAUAGUCGAAACUGUGCGAAGCAAGAUAAAAAAGUUCACGAUGCACAUGAAGGCGAUGUUCUACGUAAAAGUGAAAUUCUCCCAUUCGUUUCACUUCGAGACGAACCAAAGUAGUACCGUAAGAGACGUGUCUACGAGCAUAGCCACGGAAAUCCGUUCGAGGACCGACACGCUGUUCGGUUUCUUCGAUUGGAUCAACUUUCUCACGUCUUUCUUCGUCUUCUUCAUUCUGCUCAGAGUGAUGCGUUAUCGUUUCAAAUGGCUAACAAGCGAACGUUUCGACAAUCGAUACAUCACCGACGACCUACGCACCAUUGAUCUAAUUCGAGCUCGACAAGAGAAGGAGACUGUGCUGCCGUUGAAUCCUCGCGAGAAGAACAAAUACGCUCCGUUGUCCUCUGUGUUUCUAAUCAAAUCGGAGAAGACUAAACUAGCAAGGUCUGUGGUGUUUUUAGGCCUGGCUACGAUCAAACUUGCAGCUUACAUGGCGAUAGAUUACAGUCUCUAUUGGGUGUUGCACACUAUUCAAGUCUAUGGACGAUUCGAAAGUAAGGUUGGAAGACCUAGCAUGGUAACCAUACACGUGUCGGGAGAAGGAUACUUAUCAGACCUGUACAGAAGCAUAGUGAAUGCCUUCACGCCGCAUGGAAAAGACGCAGAAAUCGAUACGAUGCUCUGUCUUCCCGAUCCAAUACCUCCUAAUCUCGAUAAAUACACUCAGAUCGUCGUUCUCGUUAUUUUCUGCUGGCUGAUCGCAUUCUUCGAACCUUAUGGUUUGAGGCUGAGGCACGUGGUCCUUUGUCAGUAUUAUCCUGAGAGAGCUAAGCAGAGAGCGACUUGGUUGUACAAUCACAUAAUCAGAUCGAGAGGGAGUUUCCUGAAGUUCGCCAGACGUCAGUUGCGCAGGAAAUUUGGCUACGGUGGCAAAGAGAAGACUGAGAGAGUGACUUUUAAGGAGAGAUUGUGGGCUUCCUGUCCAUUUUUGAAUAUGUGUUUCCCGGUGAAGCAAGACAUGUGUCUUCUAUGCGCCGCUGUCGAGCGUUCCGAUGAUAAUCCGCAUGUGAAAUGUCCAACUCCAGGCUGCGUCGGUCUCUUCUGUACGCAGUGUUUCGCGGAUCUGCAGAAUAUGUGUACCAUUUGUCGGUCACCGUUGGAGUACGGCGACUUGUCCGACAUGAGCGAGGAGAAAGACUCCUCGGAGGAUCAAUUCGAAAUUGCGACAGUGAAAGCUGAAGAAGAAGAAGAAGAAGAAGAAGAUGAAGAAAUACCAAUGGAAGAAGAAGAAAAAGAAGAAGAAGAAGAUGAUGAUGAUGAUGAUGAUGGUGAAGAAAUACCAAUGGAAGAAGAAGAAGAAGUAGCAAUAGAAGAAGAAGAAGUCAAGGCACCAAUCGAAGAAGAAGAAGAAGAAGAAAUGAAAGCGGAAAAGGACGUGGCUGAGCAAACAGACGAUAAAUACGCGGAAGAUUUGGAUCGAAGCUCCGAGUCCACUUACAGUUACACGUACCAGGACGAGUCCCCGGAGGAAUUGGAGAUUGAGAAACGGAGGGAACCGUUCAGAGACGUGGAAGCACAGAGAAUUAGGGACGACGUGACUAUUCAAAUAUUUAACGAGCCGUUCGUGAGAGAAUCGUCGUCGAGCUGUGGAUCACCGACUUCCGGUUUCGUGGUCAGAGCACACAGAAAGGUUCGUGCCAAAGUGAAAGAUUCCGAUUCGUCAAUGUCGAUCGGUGACUGGUCGAGCGAGGAGAUCUCCGAGGAAGAAGUAAUACACAUAGAAGUGGACGACGACUCGGAAGAAUUACUUCCGAGGGAUCGAGAGGAUAAGAGGAAACUGGGUCGUAUAAAUAGAAUCGUCGGUGCGGUAGCGAGAAUUCCUUGGCUCGGUAAAGCGGAAGAUAAGGAAAAACCGUGCGAAGGAUUGCAGAGGAGGAGACCGUCUCUGAUGAAGAAAAUCGUCGAUAUGCUUCGAAGGAAGAGAUCGAUGCCUGUGCAAUCGUACAGAAGAAUUAGGAAGACGAAGGACUCUUCUUCGUCUACUUCGUGCUCUUGCGACGAUGAGAAGGAAGUCUUGUUAAAUGUCCAAGAUAGAGAAAGCGAUGGAAGAUACUUGACUAAGAGGAAAAGUAGAGCAAGCUGUGAAAUGGAAAAUUUCAAUAGGGGGAUUUCGUGUCGCCAAAAAUUUACCACGAAAGAACUACCACGAUACUUGGAAUCUGCUGCGAGAGGUACGUGUUAUUUCGAAGUAGACGAGAGGGAAGAUUCGCGGCCACGAAAAUGUGUUCGACAAGUAGAAGAUACCAACGAAUUGUCGGACACGAGGGCAUCGUUAGGUGUUAGGAAAAAGGAUGCGUGGAACGUAACAGAGGACGACGAAUUGGGUCCCUGUACUUGCACUUCAGAGAUCACAUUCGAGACGAGCGAAGAUAAAGGUGUUUAUUCGUUAGGUAUGACCACCGUAUCAGAACACACUGAUAGCACGUCGAAGACAAUAACUAAAGACACCGAUGAUGGUACGUCGAAGGCUGUAACUAAAACGGAGACUGAAAGUGUGUCGAAAAGUGACACGGAUUAUUCGGAAGAAACAGAGUUUACUUCUUCUGAGUUGGGAGAGUCGAAAGAUUUGGAUGAAACCGACGAAGAAAAGUCUGGCUUAGAGGAAAAGGUACUGGACAAAAUUAAAGCUAGAAAAAUACCUACGAAAGAUGUGAAAACAUUAAGCGUUCGAGAAGCAACUGAAAAGGCGGAGGAAGUAGAACCAAAAUCUGAAGAGGAAACUGUAAGAACGAUUUACACAAGAGCAGAGAGCCCUUCGUUGUAUGAUCCAUUAGCAGGAUUAGAGUUAUACGGUGUCGGUCAUAAAUCGAAGAAAUCACGCAAGAAACGAGCUGUGAAAAAGGAAACUUCCCAAGCUGAAGUAGAGAGAACAGAAGAAAAAUCUAGACUCUCAGGAGGAUUUUCUGGAUUAUUUAAGAAGAUAUCAGAGCACGGUGAUAAUACGAAGGAAAAAACAGUUAUUGAUUCUCGUAUUGUAGAAAGAAGAGUCGAUAAAGCCACGGAUUUACCUGACAGAAGCAGAUCCACUCAGACAAAGUUCCACAAACGUGAUAGCAAAGACAAACGUUUCGAGGAAAAUAUUGGAAUUUCAGAAGCAUCCAGGCCUAAGAAACUUUCUAGAGAAUUGAACAAAGAAGAUAAACGGGAGGGGAAAAGGUACCGACGAAGGUAA